AUGAAAGAUACAUUUAUUAAUUUACCUAAAAUAGUAGUUUUGAUGAAUGAUACUGUAGUCCAGCAUGAGCAAGAAAAUGGUAAUGAAUCGGAUAACUCAUCAGAAUUUGAUGAAAGCGAGUUUGGUGUAUGUUUUUCACGAAAAAACCAUGAUGAACUUUUGAUGAAUAAUUUUCUGAUGGACGUUGACAAUUUAGCUCUAGCUAAUGAUAACGAUUUGUUGCAUAUCGAAGAAGAAAUAUCAAAUUCUCAAAAUGGUUCAUCUGUUAAAGGUCAAAAACAAGGAAGAAAAAGGUUACGUAGAUCUGAAAGCAACCAUAGUGAUAUUUUUACAACAGAAAUUAGACAACAA